GUGGAUGGGUGUAAAUACAAAUACAUUCCACUAAUAAGUGUGUAUUUGAUUGGAAAAUUUUGACAUUGCAAUUAGCUUAAUUAACUAUUAAUUGAUCAUCAAUUCUUCCCAAACCUUCUAAUCAAAUUCGCUCGGUAUCAUUGUGGGAAAUUACCUAUUGUAGAAAUGUUUAUUAAAGCGGUGUUAAGAGUUAACAUUGGUUACAACACGACUCGACAAAUUUUAAGAAAUCCUGCAUGCAUUCGAAGAAGGUCAACAUCAGCAUCAGCAGCAUUACACCAGGAUGAAGACCCCAACUGGGUCAAGUCGCAACUUGAAAGUGUCGAUUGCGUUAAGGGAUUUACAAUUCCGGAAAUUAUUCGUCAAAAUAUGGGUGGCUGGGGAAAGUUGACGGCAUUUGAAAGCCAUGAAACUGGACGAAAAUACAGCCAUGACCAAAUCCUCAAAAAUGCUCAAGGCUUUGCAGCAGCAUUAAUUCAAAGUGGAUUAAAACGUUGUGAAGUUGUCGCCAUUGUUUUACCAAAUGUUCCAGAAUACGCCAGUAUCCUCUUUGGUAUUUGGGACGCAGGCCUGGUUGCCUCUCCCGUAAAUCCGUCGUAUUCAUUUAUGGAAACCAAGAGACAAUUGGAAAUGUCUGAUUCUGUCACUGUUGUCACCAAUGAAGAAAACGUGGCCUCAGUUUUAAAAGCAAAAGACGCCAACCCUAAAAUUAAAUCUGUUAUAGUUGUGGGCGAACCGGUGUCAGGAUGCCACUCUUUUUAUGAAAUGGUCAAAGCCGAUACUUUUGGUAUCGAUUUUUACAAAGGGUCCAGUUCAGAUACGACACAAGAAUUGGCAUUGUUACCAUUCUCCAGUGGAACGACAGGUCCACCAAAAGGCGUAAUGCUCACUCAUUCCAAUAUUGUGACCAAUUUAAUUCAAUGUGAACCUUCUCGUGGCAUUAGUAUGAUAAGGCCUGCAAAAGAUGGUUUCCAGGAGAGGAACAUUGGUCUGCUUCCGUUCUUUCAUGCCUUCGGGUCCGCCAGCAUCCUCUGCAUGACGAUGCACAUGGGAGGUCACUCCCGAACGCUGAGUAAAUUCGACCAAAAUACAUUUUUAGCCGCAAUUAGAGAGCACAAGCCCACGAUCCUCCAUUUGGUAACACCUUUGAUCAGUCAUAUUGCCAACAGCGAUAAUUAUGGGGCAAAAGAGUUGGAAUCCGCACACACCAUUGCAGGAGGAGCCGCACCUAUCGGUCAAGCCCUGAUUAGUCAACUGUUAGACAAAGCAGGAAAGCACUUUCUAUUUCAAGAAGGAUAUGGCAUGACAGAGUUAAGCCCAGUAUCUCACGUUUUACUCCCAGGGACAAACAAUACCAAAAUCGGAAGCUGUGGAUCUCCAAUUCCUGGAACAAUUACAAAAAUUAUCGACUUAGAGGGAAAUAGUUUAAAGAGAAAUGAACGGGGAGAAAUAUUGGUGAAAGGCCCUCAAGUGAUGUUGGGCUACUAUAAAAAUCCAGAAGCGACUAAAAAUACGAUUGAUUCUGAUGGAUGGCUUCACACAGGAGACAUCGCAUAUUACGAUGAUGAAGGAGACAUGUUCAUAGUCGACAGGUUAAAAGAACUCAUAAAAGUUCAAGGAUUCCAAGUUGCUCCCAGCGAGUUGGAAGAUUUGCUCCGACAGAAUGAAAAAGUCGAAGAUGUUGCCGUGAUUGGGGUUUCAGACGUUCAAACAGGAGAAGCACCGCGUGCCUACAUUGUGAAAAAGCCACAGGUGAAACUAACCGAGGACGAAGUUCACCACUACCUCAAGGAUCUCGUAUCUAAACACAAAUACCUCAAAGGAGGCAUCGAAUUUAGAGAAUCCAUUCCUAAGGCUCCCAGUGGAAAAAUAUUAAGACGCGAACUUAGUGACGAGUACAAGAAAAAAUUUGGCAGCUAAUAAAUAAGUAGAUUACUUGUGAAAUCAGUUCAAUAAAUAUCAGUUUGGCUUUCAUGCUACUAAAACCAACCUCAAAA